UAGGUGAGUGUGGCGGCUAAGAUGGCUCAGCGCAUGUCGUUCGGCUUCUAUAAGUACAACAACAUGGAGUUUGUCAGGAUGAAGGGGCCGCAGGGCAAAGGUCACGCUGAGAUGGCGGUGAGCCGGGUCCCGACCGGAGACACGUCCCCCUGCGGCACAGAGGAGGACCUGGACUCACCCCUACACGAGAGGGUGACGUCGUUAGCACCCUCCACCCGGAGAGGAACCGCCCUCGUUCUUCUCCCUUCUCUCCGUCGGAAGGUCCCAGGAACCGUAUCACUGAGAUGAAGAAGAGUCACUCAGCCAACGAUAGUGAAGAGUUCUUCAGGGAAGAAGAUGACGAGGACCUGUGUAACCAGUCCAACCUGCGGUCCCGCUCCCUGUCGGUAAGGUCGGUCCCUGGUGGGAUUGGCUCAAACUGAAC